AUGGUCUCCUUUAGGUUCGCCUCGGUCCUCGCGGCCGCAUCACUGUUCCUCACCGUGGCCGCUCAAGAUGACAUGACAGCAGCGCCCUCGUCGACGGUCAUCAAGAACCCCAUCACAACACCGACGACGACGCUGCCCGCCAGCGCCAUGACCAGCAUUGGCUGCUUCGCGACCCCAACACCACUGGAGAACCACGGCCCGUACGAGUUCCAGACACCUGGCAACUGCCAGCUGGUCUGCAUUUCGCUCAACAAGAAUGUCAUGGCCCUGUCCGACGGCGAGAACUGCUGGUGUGGAGACCAGAUUCCCGCACAAGAAUGGCAGACUGACAACAGCACGUGCACUACACCGUGUCGUGGCGACAAGGAGAAUAGCGAAUGUGGUGGAGCCGGCGCCGUAUGGGUAGUCCUGACCGGUCAAACCUUGAACAAAGUACCUUACUUCAAGCCCGUCGUCUCAAGCUCAUCAGCCUCGUCAACAAGAACGACUGCGGAAGCAACCUCGGCUGCGGCCGCGCCCACUGCAAGCGCCCCUCCGCCGCCCAAAGAGGAGAAGCCGAACACAAUAGCCAUUGCUGUAGGCGUCGUCGUGGGCGUCUUGGGCUUGGCAGGCUUAUGCUUUGGCGUCUGGUUCUUGCUACGACGCAGACGCCAAAAACAGGCCGAAGAAGAUUACCGUCGCAACGCCGCCAAUGUGAAUGCGUUUGUCAAUGGCGGCAAGUUGCACACGAGCAACUCGUCGAUGAACGACUCGCGUCUCGACCCUAGUUUUGUAGACAGGAGGCAAAGCAAUGGAAGUAUUGCAGACAAUGAGGAUUACUCGAGGCGGAUAUUGAAGGUCACGAACGUAUAG